ACAUUUUAUGUGAAAGAGGAGUGAGAUCAUGACAUGAUAAAUAUCAAGAGCUUGUAGAUUAGUGCUGGACACAGCAGGUCCUGGGGAUUAUUUCUGGAUCUAAAAAAAGAGAAACGCCACCUUUUUCUGAUCUUUUCAGUGGGCUGGCCCCAUUACUUCUGCCAAAAUGAAUUCAGAAUCAAGAUGGUAUUUGGAAUGCAGGUUAGGGUUUGAAUUUAGCUCUCUCAUCUACAGACCAUUAAGGAAUAAUUUCUCUGAAAGUGAGUUAGCACCAGAAUUCUAGAACUGAUGUGGUGCUUAUUACCCAGGCAGUUCUCCUGGUGUACAAGGCUGCAUCUCACAUGUCAACUGCAGAGGUUUGCCCACUCUUUGGGUAGCUCCACUGACCAAUACAAACAAGGCAGCUCUCUCCAGCGGCCCAGCCUUCCUGGUGCUCCUGUAGGAACCUCAGCAGAAGCCCGAAGGUGGUAACUAGGGAGUGGGAAGGGGGCCAUCUCAUGAGGGAUGUUUGUGUGCCUUUGCUUGGGAAACCUCCAUCCUUCUUUUUUUCCGGCCUGGUCAUUAUUAUUGUAUGCCUUUACACACUGGAAAGGGGUGAUUUUAGCAGCUCAUUGUUCGAAAUAGAAAAUAAGUCCUAUUCUGAAACAGUAGCAUAGUCCUCUGUCAUGCCCUUUCUGCUGAUAGCUGUAGGUGAGGGGAGAUGAGGAAGCCCUGAGGCUUUGCAGAGGAGGCAUGAGGUGGUGUAGGUGGUUAACUCCCAGGUGUUGAUGCUGCUCUGGGCCCACUGGCACUGCCCUGGGAACUUCAUUUUCCAGUGAAAUUUCCAAGUGUAAUUGCAGGUGUCUAUUUGAAAUUCUUGAGAGAACAGAAGAGCUGAGCUAGAGCAGUGAUGGGUUUGGCCUUAGGUCUCAGCUGGGAUGCUUGUCUAGUUCUCUUGGCACUGAGGGGUCUGAGUGAGGUGCGCCUCUAGUUUUUUCAUACCAUUGCCGUGUUAGGUGUGAGUUCAGUUCUAUCGCUCUGAGACUAGGUGUAGAACCCAAAUCUGCUACCCCGUGCCAUCGAAAGCAAAGGACAGUGUAUAGAGUGGUGCCUCACAUCAUUUUACAGAUGGUUUUCACGGGGACAGAAUGGUCUUGAUUUAUGGCAUUUGCUGGUUUCUGUGGUUUAAAUACACCCCCUGUGGCUGAUUUAAGUUACCAACAUGUAUCACUAGUUGCAACUAUAGUUGGAGAGAGAUUGGGUGAGCUGGCCCCAGCAGCCCAUGGCCACACCCUCCCGUGUAAGUUCCCCUCUGAGUUCCAGCUGCCCUGUGGCUAGGUGCUGGGGCACUGGGGCCAGGCCUGGUGCUGAGUCAUGGUGUUAAAUGCACAGACUGGCUUCCUCUUUUCCUUGUUUCACUUGCCCUGGGCCUGUGGAGUGAGCUACAGCUCAGCUUAAAGAGCCAGUAAAUUGGAUUCAUAGAAGGCAUGGAGCAGAUUUGGAGUCCCAUUGGUCCCACCUGGAAAAUCAUGGUGGUCCAGAAGGGACACACCUGGAGGUGACAGGCGCUCCUUUAGAAGCCCUUCACCCUCUGAUCCAUUUGAUAAUUGGCUUCUUUACCCAGGUCCCAGCAGGUGUACCUCCCCUCAGCAACCCCCACGCCUGCAAUAUACACACACUUGAGUGUCCAUUCUGAUCACAUCACAUCAGUAUUACCAGAACCCCCACACCCGGGUCAGUUCCAGCAAAGGGUAACUCUGCAUUUGGUGGCAUGCCAGGGACAAACUCAGAUACCAUACCACACUGUAUACUGUAGUGUACCUCCUCUCUGGGAGCCAAAUCCCUGGAUUUGAUUCAGUCUUGACCCUAAAGGGAUUUGGGUAAGUGACUUCUUGUCUAGUUCCAUUGUUCAGAUUGAGGAGGCCAUCAUUGGAAAAGUGGCCUCAGGAGUUCUUCAGGGACACGAUACCCACUCCAUGUGACUUCCUGAGGCCCAUAUGCCUCUCCAGUCUAAAGUGAUUGUGUAGGGUUUGUCACUCUGCCACGUGGGUUGUUGAGACACGGUUGGGGUAUGGAAAAGAGGGGCCUAGUGGGGGUAUGGAGCUGUGGGCCUAGUAGGCAGGCUAGUGUCUGGUUUUUUCCAAGGUCUGUGGGUGGCACAGAGAUUUGUUGGCUGUUUGACAGGGGCUCCUCUGGUCGGACCAUCCAGCUCAACUCCCCGAUCCCUUGUGGGACUCUUCGUGCCUCUGCAGGAUGUAGUAUCUUGCCUUUGAGUAACUGUCCCCAGCUCCAGUGCUGCAGGCACAUUGUUCCGGGGCCUCUGUGGUGCUCCGAUGCCCCUCACCCACUGUCGAAGAUCCCCGGUGGGCGAGGGGGCGGCAGGGAUCCUUCUGUCUCAGCUCUAAUAUAUAAGGACGAGAAGCUCACUGUGACCCAGGACCUCCCUGUGAACGAUGGAAAACCUCACAUCGUCCACUUCCAGUAUGAGGUCACCGAGGUGAAGGUCUCUUCCUGGGAUGCAGUCCUGUCCAGCCAGAGCCUGUUUGUAGAAAUCCCAGAUGGAUUAUUAGCUGAUGGGAGCAAAGAAGGAUUGUUAGCACUGCUAGAGUUUGCUGAAGAGAAGAUGAAAGUGAACUAUGUCUUCGUCUGCUUCAGGAAGGGCCGGGAAGACAGAGCUCCACUCCUGAAGACCUUCAGCUUCUUGGGCUUUGAGAUUGUGCGUCCAGGUCAUCCCUGUGUUCCCUCUCGGCCAGAUGUGAUGUUCAUGGUUUACCCCCUGGACCAGAACUUGUCUGAUGAGGACUAAUGGUCAUAGAGGAUGCUUUGCCCAAGAGCCGCAGUGGGGGAAGCGGGGAAGUUAGGCAGCCCUGGGACAGAGGAGGGGGCUCCUUGCUGUCUAGGGAAGGACGCUGAGGGGCCCAGGGUGAGGGUUGCCUAUUGUGUUCUCAGAGUUGACUCGUUGAAAUUGUUUUCCAUAAAGAACAGUAUAAACAUAUUAUUCACAUGUAAUCACCAAUAGUAAAUGAAGAUGUUUAUGAACUGGCAUUAGAAGCUUUUUAAACUGCGCUGUGUGACGUGCUCUGUCUAGCCUAGGGGAGGACAUUGCCUAGAGGGGGCGGGACUGUCUGGGUCCAGGGGCAAGGCGUGGAGGGCUGGUGGGACAGCACUGUCAGGCUCAGGUGCCCCUGCUGUUGGGUUUUUUUUUUUUUUUUUGGUUUUUAAGCUUGUGUAUUUUCUUUCCUUGCUUCCUGUCACCUUGGGAUCUCCUGAGUAUAGGCUUUUCAGCCCCUGGGCAGUGUCCUUGCAUUGUUUUUUGACACUCCACCUGGGCUUCUCUCUGUGCUUUUGUGUCUGGCCUGGAGAAAGCAGGUCUGACCCCUCUUAUAGCUUAGUGUUAUUCUGGCAUUUGGUUAAGCUGGCUUAAUCUGUUUAAUGUUAUCAGUGCAUUUAAAAUAGGGGCAUUGAAGUUCACUCCCACCACCAGGGCUUUUUUGGGGGUGCCUGGGCCUUAAAAACACUAGCCCAACUCCAGUUCUCAGAUUGCUGCCUGGAGUUCUUGCUCUUGGCUGCAGGCCCAGGCCCCAAGGUGCCUCCUUCCUAGGGUCACAAAGAGCAGAGAGGAAGAGGAAUAGCAACUCAGGGCCUGGAGGUUGUGGGGGAAUCUAUUCUUAGGGACUGGAUGCCUCUGCUUAUCUAGUGCUCACUGCCCCUGUCCCUCCCUAAGAGGCUCUGAGUAGUGCCAGAGACCCGGCUCCACAGGGCUUAGGUGUGGGACUGAGCGUGUAGAAGUGACUUGCCCUCUGCUUUUCACUGAACAGCUUGCUCUAAGGGGGGAGGAAGAGGAGAGAUCUAGAGUGGGCGCAGGGGGGUGGGGGUGUCAGGGAGGCAAGUGUGUUGUGUUACUGUGUCAAUAAACUGAUUUAAAGUUG